UCAGUUGCCUCAAGCUCUUUGUUAGAAAAACUGUGUGGGGAGUGGAGGCCCGAUAAAAAAAGAAAUAGAAAAAGUGACAGCUCUUGAUGAAUACGAAUACGUAUAGGUAUUGUAUUAUAUUAUAGCUCUAGCAAUAGCUCUAGCAAUAGCAAUGGACUUGUAUUAUCGACCCGGAUCUGCGCCGUGUCGGGCGGUCAUUAUGACGGCCAAGGCAAUUGGCAUUGAGUUUGAUAAGCUGAUUUUUAUCAAUACACGCGCUGGGGACCAAUUCAAGCCGGAGUUCCUGAAGGUGAAUCCACAGCACACGAUACCCACGCUGGUGGAUAAUGGCUUUGCGCUGUGGGAAUCGCGUGCCAUCAUGGUCUACCUGGCGGAGCGGUAUGGCAAGGGUACGCCGCUCUAUCCCCCCAACAUUGAGCAGAGGGCGUUGAUUAACCAGCGCCUGUACUUCGACAUGGGCACGUUGUACAAGAGCUUUGCGGACUACUACUAUCCGCAGAUCUUCCAGCAGCAGGCGCCCAAUGAGGAGCAGCACAAGAAGAUCGAGGCGGCCUUUGAGCUGUUGGAUGGCUUUCUGGCGGAUCGGAGCUAUGUGGCCGGCGAUUGGCUGACUCUGGCCGACAUCUCGAUUUUGGCCAGCGUUUCGACCUUCGAUGUGGCGGGCUUUGACCUGAGGCGUUACGGCAACGUGGCCAGGUGGUACGAGCUGGCGAAGCUGAACACACCUGGCUGGCACGCCAACUGGGCCGGCUGCCUGGAGUUCCAGAAAUACUUCCAGAAAUGAAAUAGCUAGUAUGAUUCAAUUAAAGAAAGCUUCGUUUAUUGCA